GCAGCGCGGCCGGGCUGUCAUGGCGACUAACAUCGAGCAGAUCUUUCGGUCCUUCGUGGUUAACAAAUUCCGCGAGAUGCAGGAGGAGCAGCAGCAGCAGCAGCACGGCGGUGGAAAGGUAGAAGGCCAGCCCAAUGGUGACACAGUCCCAGCUGAGCAAGCCAACCCUUCAGAUGACACUGUUGCUGGUGCUGGGAGUCGUCAGAAUGAUCAGAUAGUGCAGAAAAUAGAGGAAGUGCUCUCUGGAGCCCUUGAUACAGAACUGCAGUGCAAAUCAGAUGUAGACAAAAACACUGUGAACAGUAGUACGCAGUCUACAAAAAGAAGCUCUACUGCUGAAGGUGAAGAUGAAAUUCCUAAAAAAAAAUCAAAAAAGAACAAAAAACACAAAAGCAAGAAGAAGAAGAAAAAGAAGAAGAAAAGGAAGAAAGAGAAAAAGCAUAAAAAGCAGCCAAAGGAGUCAAAGUUGAGUGCACGUCAUGGAGAGCAUGCAGACUUACAGCCUGCUUCUCACUCAAUGCCAGAGAAAUCAAGCUCCAAAUUGAGUGUACAGCAUGGAGGACUUGGAGAUGCAAGUCUGGCUGUCCAGAUGCAGCCAGAAGAACUGUGCUUAAAAGCAAGUGAGGAGCUUGAUAGACAAGCUUUAGGACUUGUUUCCCAUUUGAGAACUGAUUCUCAGCCAUCUACAGAAAAUCUUGGAAGUGAGAAGGGGACUUUGUGUGCAACAGAUCCUCAGUGUAAUUUAGAAGGCAGCCAAUUUGAUAUCCAACAAAAUGCUAGUAUGACUCAAGCUCAAAUUUGCACUAGAGAAGAACAAAUUAAACAGUCUUUUGAAAAUAUUUAUCCUGUAGCUGUUAAUGUGAGUGAAAAGGGUGACUUUUUCGUUACUGGAAGCAAUGCUUCGUCUAGCAUCCCAUUGGGAGUUGCCAACAAAUCUGAACUUGAGAAAGCAGUUCUACCUUCAGAGAUGACAGAAGCACUAAAAGGUACAGAGAGUGCUUUGAGAUCUAAAGGCACCGGGGAAGUAAAAGCUUUGGAAUCUGAGACCAUGGGGGUGCUGGAAUAUUCGGAAGCAUCUCUAAAAUCUAUGGCACAGGGAAGAGUGAAAGAGUUGGAAACAACUUUGACAAGUGAUGUGACAGCAAUUCCUAAAUCUGCAAAUCAGGCAGAUCUUGAUACUGUGAAGGCAGCUCACAUGUCUGUGGCCAAGGAAGAAGUGAAAAUUACAGGAGCAACUGAAUUAGGGGGUGUUAGUAGAACUCUGGAACCAGUCCCGCAUCCCCCGGUUUUAUCUGAUAAUUUGAGAGUGGCACAGUGCAGCUCAUUGGAAAGUUCAACUGUCUUGGCAGCAGCCUUGGAACCUGUAGCUAUGAUGGGAGAUGUGACAAAUAAAACAGGCCCAGAUGCAGCUUUGCAACAUUCUCUUCAAAUAUCUACAGAAACUGCUGUGACCCAGAUGGAAAUGAAAAGUGCCAAAAUACCUGUAGCAGCAGGUGAAGCAACUCCUGAUUCCGCAACAGUGUUCCUACAACCUAAAGUCUUCACAGAAACGAGAAGCUUGACAGAUGUGAAUGUGGUUGCAGAGACAAAAGGUUUUCAAGCAACUUCAGAACCUGUAGCCGCUGUGCAGACUCUCAUUCCCCAAACAGUUCCUGAAAUCCAGAUGGUGGAGGGUUUUCAAGGUCCACGAGCAACCGUGGAAGUUGUGACAGUGACAAGAACAAAUGAUCUAGAAACAAGUCAAGCUACUCUGCAACUGGAAAAUGCUUCAAAAAUUUCUGAGAGUGAAUCAAACAUGAGAGGUUUGGAAGCAACUCCCCUGUCUUUGCAGAAAGAAGAAAUGAAAGGUCCAGCAGGAGUCUUAAGACCAACUACUAUGGUAGAAUCAAAAACUUCAGGAGCAACUUUACCGUCUUUGCAAAUGGGAGUUACAAAAGCUUCAGAAGACUUAGGAGAUCCGGAGUCUGUUGGUAGAGCCAAGAUAAAAACUUUGGAGUCAGUCUUGCAGCCUGGAGCCAUUGUAGGGGCAAGGGGCUUAGGAGGAAGUGUGUAUUCUGAAGCCAAAAUUGGCAGCAAAGUCUUAGAAGCAAAUCCAGGACGUCUGGCUGUAGAAGAAAGGUCAGAGAGGACUUCCGAAUCGGUGAUUGCACAUGUAAGAAAGGAACCAGUUACAGAAAUGAUGCAUGUGGUUGUAGGGGAGAUAAAGGAUUCUGAAGUAGCUACAAGUUCUGCCAUUACAGAAGUGAGAAGCUUAGGCAACUUGUCAGAAAUUAAGGCAGUUGCAGAGGUAAAAGGUGCAGAAGCAAGUUCAAAGACUUCAUGCUUAAGCCAGGUGAAGAAUCUGGAAAUGGCUGUGGGAUCUGAAACAGGGACAUCAAUGCAAGAUUGGGGAAUAAAUUUGGUAUCUGAGGUGGAAGAUACGAACAAAGCAAAAAUGAGCAAAGAAGUAGUACUAGAACCUGUGCAAAGAGUAGCAAUGAGUGCUUUGGAAACAAAUUCAAAAUCUGUACACAUGCAAGAAUUGGGAGCAACUGUAGAAUAUGGGACUGGACGUAAGCCAAGCGAAAGCGAAACAGCAGUAGAAUACAAGGCUAUCAAAGCAGCAGAGUAUUCCAGAACUACUCCAGAACCUUUGCAGGAGCAGAUAGGUGAUUCACAAGCAGUAUUAGAGUCUUUGCCAAGAGCAGAAAUAAGUAUGGCAUCAGAAACAGUGACAGAAAUAAGAAACUUGAAAGAAACUUCGGAAUCUAUGAUUUCAACAGAUGUGAGAACUCAGGGACCUACUGUAGAAUAUGUAAUUGCGACAAGGAGAACAGGCACAAAGAAACCUGAGGCAUCACCUAUGAUUGAUGUAAAAGAUUUAGAAGAAGCUUCAGGAACUGAGAAAGGAAUGAAAGCAAAAUAUUUGGAGCCAGCCUCAGAAGCUGGAGAAGUGAGGUUGUUGGAAAGUAUUAAAGAUUCUGCAACAGUAGAAGUGGAAAGUUCUGAAACAUUCAGAGAGUCUGAGGUACACAUGGAUGUCCAAGAUUUGGAAACGUCACAAACAUCUGAAAAAGUGGCAGUGAUGAAUGUUUUAGAGGAUGCUUCAGAAACAUUCACUGUUACAAAACAACAUUCAGAAGCUAUUCCAGAAUUUUUGCACACUGAAAAGCAAGAACAUCUGCAAGCAGUUUUUGAAGCCAAACCUACUGCAGAAUGGAAAAGUACAGAAGAGGCUCCAGAAGCGUUGAGUGCUGAUGAAAUGAAAUCUUCUGAAGCAGUUCCAAAAACUGGGGACACACAAGAUCUGGAAACAAUGCUGGAACGUGAAGUGGCUGCAGAAGUACAAUAUUCAGAAGUGGGGCAGUGUCCACAAAUGGAGGAUGCGAGAGUUCCUCAUCAGGCUCAGGAAUAUGACAUACUUGUUGAGAAGAAAGACGCAGAGCAAACUCUAGCAUCUGAGCCUCUUGUAGCAGUAAGUGGUCAAGAGAUUACUCCAGAAUCUGUGUCAGCUUCAGAAACAGCAGAGACUCCUGAAUCCCAAAUAAUCAUGGACACAAGACAGUUGGAAGCAGCUCCGGCUUGUGUAGCAGAAACAAAAGAUUUGGAAGUAACUCCUGUUCCUCAGACUGUUGUAGAGCUGAAAGAUGCAGAAGCAGCUGUGGGGCCAGAGGGAGACACAAAAGAUUUGGAAGCAGCUCCCGUACCUGAGACUGUUACAGAAGAAGUUCCAGUGCUUGGGGCAGAGGCAAGUCAGCUUGCAGAAUUACUUCCAACUGAGACUGACAAAGAAGCGGCUGCAGAAGAGGCAUCAGAAGCGAGAGAUUCAGAAACAUCUGAUGUGCAGCCUGAUGUGGCAGCACGAAUGAGGGAGACUCUGAUGAGGCUUGAGAAAGUUGAUAAAAGCAGCCAUAGAAGCAGUGAAAAAAGCAAACAUGAUGCAAAGAAGCAAAAAAGGAGUCGCUCCAAGUCCCAGUCCAGGUCUAGGAAGCGGAAGAAAAAAUCAAGGUCACGUUCUACUUCCAGGCGUUUGACCUCUAAAAGAGCACGUUCUAGGAGCAGAAACUAUUCAGAUUCCAGAAAGAAGCAUUCCAAAUCUAGAUCCCGGUCUGUGGAGAAGAGAGAGAGAAGAUUGUCUUCCCGGAGGUCCAGGCGCAGACGUUCCAGGUCGUCUGACCGCUACAGGUCUAAGUCCAGGUCAGUGGAAAAGACCCGAAGGUCUGGGCGCAGACGUUCCAGGUCAUCUGACAACUACAGGUCUAAAUCUAGAUCUGUGGAAAAGAGAGGGAGCAGAUUGUCUUCCAGAAGAUCCAGACGCAGACGGUCCAGGUCUUCAGACCGCUACAGGUCUAAAUCCAGAUCAGCAGAAAAGAGAGGGAGCAGACUGUCUUCCCGAAGGUCCAGGCGUAGACGUUCCAGGUCUUCUGACCACUAUAGGUCUAAGUCCAGGUCAGUGGAAAAGACCCGAAGGUCUGGGCGCAGGCGUUCCAGGUCAUCUGACCGCUACAGGUCUAAGUCCAGGUCACUGGAAAAGACCCGAAGGUCUGGGCGCAGACGUUCUAGGUCUUCUGACCACUACAGGUCUAAGUCCAGGUCAGUGGAAAAGACACGAAGGUCCGGACGCAGACGGUCCAGGUCUUCUGACCGCUACAGGUCUAAAUCACAGUCGGUAGAAAAGAGAGGGAGCAGGUUGUCAUCCUGGCGAUCCCGGCGCAGGCAUUCCAGGUCCUCUGACCGUUCUAAAUCUAGAUCUAGGUCUUCAGAAAAAAGAGGGGGCAAAGAGUACUCAUGGAGGUUCAGACAUAGAGGGUCUGGUUCCUCUGAUCGUUCAAAAUCAAGGUCUAGAUCUGUUGAGAAGAGGGGUCGGAAGGCGUCUGUAAGAAGAUCUAAACGUCAGCGCUCCAAGUCUUCUGACCGCUACAAGUCUAGAUCCAGAUCUGUAGAAAAAAGAGAUCGAAAGCAAUCGUCACGGAAAUCGAAACGUCAGCGCUCAAAGUCCUCUGACCGUUACAAGUCUAGAUCCAAAUCAGUGGAAAAAAAGAAAGAGUCCUCACGAAAAUCCAAGCGUCGUCGCUCAAAAUCUUCUGAACGUUACAAGUCCAGGUCUAGGUCCGUAGAAAAAAAGCGCAAAGAAUCUUCAAAGAAAUCCAAACGAAAGCGUUCCAAGUCUUCUGACAGUGUUAAGUCAACAUCCAAAUCUGUAGAAAAAAGAGAAAGUAAGUUAUCCUCAGCAAAGAGCAGUAGCAAGCACGCAGAGUCUUCUGAACAUCAAGAGUCAAACACAUGUCUUGAGAAAGUAGAUGGUCCUGAACCUUUCACAAGUGAAGGCAGCUCCUCCAAAUCUUCUAAUGGUCCUGUGUCAGCUUUGUCUCUUGAAGGAGUAAAUGGCCCAGAGCUGCCACCAUCGUUAGAAAGUAGAUACUCCAGGCCUUCUGAUGGUCUUGAGACAAGCUUGUCUUCUGAAAAAACAGCAGAUUUGCAGUCUUCUGUGGUGUCUGAACAUGAUAGCUCCAAAACCCCAGAUGACCAGGAGCUGAGAUCUGCAUCUGUUGAGAACACAGAGUCUUCGGAGCUUUGUGUAACACUUGAAAAUGGAUCAACCACACCUUAUGGCUCUGACUUAGGGUCCACGCUAACUGAAAAACCAGCAGCUCUGGAAUCUUCAUCACUACCUGAACUUGCUUUCUCAGCAUCCAAAUCAACAUCCUCAUCUGUUGAAAAAAGAGGAGAUCCAGAGACAACUUUAACAGAAUUUCAGCUUUCCACAUCCCAUGAGGAUGAGUCAAGAUCUACAUCUCGCAAAGAAAUAGAGGGUCCAGAGCCUCUUCCGACACUUGAAAGCGGAUGCUCUUUAUCUUCUGAUGACUGCAAGUCAAUUUCCUUGUCCUCUGAAAAAAUGGAGGUUCAGGGGUCCUCUCUGAUGUCCGGAAGUGAACUUUCUGACUUGCCUGACGGUCAUGAAUUGAGACACAUCCCUGCUGAAAAAGCAGAGCUUCAGAAGUUUUUGCAUGUACCUCAAAGUGGGUCUUCUGAGUUGGCUGACAGCACUGAGUCAAGGUCACUGUCUUUUGAAACAGCAGAAGUUCAAAAACCUUUUUUAGCACCUGAAGUUGUUCAGUGCUCUGAGUUCCCUGAUGUUCAUGAGUCAGCCUCCUUGCCAAUUGAAAAGGACCAGAUGCGGGAGCCUUCUCUGGCUUCUGAUAAUGGGUAUUUCAAGAUUCCUGACAGACAUGAAUCAGCAUCCAGCUUUGCUGCACAAACAGAGGAGCUUCCGUUGACGUCUGAAGGUGGGUCCUUCGAGUCACCUGAUGGAAAAAUAAAGGCUCCAGAUGCUUCCCUGACAUCUGAGUGUGGUCCUGUUGAGAUCACAGAUGACUGCGUUUCAACUCCAUCUUCUGCAAAAAUGCAGGAAGUUGUCCUGACAACUGUAGGACAAAGCUGCAAGCCUUCUGAAGCUUGUGAGUCCACUUCAUUUGCUGAGAAAAAUUUAGACGGUCCAGCAUCUUCACAAGUACUUGGAGUUGGCUGUUUUGAGUCUUCUGAAAUACGUGAAUCAAGAUACCUGUCUGCUGGAAAAACGGAGGUUACAGAAUCGUUGUUGUCUAAAAGUGAAGUUCCUGUGUGCCAUGAUGGCCGUGAGUCAAAAUACGGUUACUUUGAGAAAACAGAAGGUUCAGAACUGUCAGUGGCUCCUGAAUGUGGGUAUUCUAUUUCACCUGAAGGCUGUGAACUGACAUCCACUGCAGCUGAAAGACUGGAGACACAGAAGCCUCCUUUUCCAGUGGAAGGUGGAUUCUUAAAGUCCACUGAUGUUUUGGGAUCAGUAAGCACACCUACUGAAAAAUUGGAGGCCACAGUGCCUUCUCAUACAUCUGAAAGUGGGCUUUUUACAUCGCCUGAUAGUCAUGAAUUGAGAGGUACCCAAACUCAAGAAGUAGAAGCACAGAAGUCAUCUUUGCCUGCUGAACUGAAGUACGUUGCAUCCUCGGAUGGACACAAGUUGAGAUCUGCCUCUGAUAAAGAAAGCCAGGUGCAGGACCCAUCUCUGAUACUGGAAAGUAGAUGUUUUGUUUCCUCUGAUGUUCAUGAGUUGACACACACCCCUUUCAAGAAAGCUGAGGUAGAGGAUCCUUCACAGAUACCCGGAAAUGAGUACAGAGUGGGCCUUCAUGGCCCAGAAUUGACAGCAACCCCUACUGAAAAAACAGAGGUGCAGGAACUGUAUCUGGCUAAAGAAAGAUGUUCAGCAUCUGUUGAGAGCCAGGAAUUGCUGUCACCCCCUUUUGAAAAGACUGAAGUGCAAGAGCCUGCUCUGACAUGUGAAAAUGAAUGUGCUGUAUCCUGGGACCACCAGGAAUUGAGGUCUAGCUCUCCUGAGAAGGUAGAGGUCCAGGAGCCUUCUGCAGUACCUGAUAAUCAAUAUGCUUUGUACUCUGAAGAUCAGCAAUUGCAGUCUUCCCUUGCUGAAAAAGCAGAAGUACAGGAACAUUCUCUGCUGUCUGAAAACGAAUAUGCUCUGUCCCCUGAGGGCCAUGAGAUGCCUGCCAGCCCUGCUGAAAAAGAGGUGCAAGAACUUUCUCUGACAUCUGACAGUGAAUAUCCCACAUUCCCUGAAGGCCAGGGAGUACAGUCUACCCUUGUUGAAAAAACAGCGGUGCAGGAGCCUUCUCUAAUAUCAGGUAGUGAAUAUGUUGCAUCCCCCGAAAGGCAAGAGUUGUCAUCUGUUGUUGAAAAAACAGAAAUGCAGGAUAGUUCUGUGCUGUCUGAAAAUGAAUAUGAUGUAUCUCCUGAAGGCCGUGAUUCAAGAUCCAGCCAUGUUGAAAAAGAAGAAAUGGGGGAACAUUCUGAAACAUCUGAAAGUGAAAGUUCAAUGUCCACUGAUAGCCAGGAGUUGCAGUCUACUGUUGUUGGAAAAACAGAGGUGCAGGAGUUGUCUCUGUCUGAAGGUGAAUGUACCAUGUCUCCUGAAGUUCAGGAGCUGCAUUCUAGCCCUUCUGAAAAAGCAGAGGAUAAAGAACCUUCUCUGACAUACGAAAACGAACAUGCUCUGUUCCCUGAAAGAUAUGAAGAAAGAUUGACUCAUGCUGAGAAAACAGAGGAUAGGGAUUCUUCUUUAACACCUGAAAAUGACCAUAUUUUGUCUUUUGAGAGCCAAGAGGUAAGAUUCACCACUGUUCAAAAUGAAGAGGUGCAGGACUUUUCUCCAUCCCAUGAAAGAGAACAUAGAGCAUCCCCUGAUGGCCAGAGGUUGAGAUUACUCACUGAUGAGAAAGCAGGUGGUCUUGAACCUUUAACGUUAAAUGACAGAGCUUCCAUGUCCCCAGAUGUUAGUGACUUGAAAUCCAUCCCUGUUGAAAAGAUGGAUGAUGAAAUGCCCAUAAUGCCUGAAAGAGGAUGUUCCAUGUCCCCUGAUGGCUACAGUGUGAAAUCUGUUCCUGGUGAAGAAACAGGGGAUCUAGAGCCUUCUUCGACAUCUGAAUGUAGACAUUCCACAUCCCCAUAUCAUGACAGCCAUGAGCUGAAAUCUCCCAUGGAGGAAGACGCUCUAGAGUCCUCUUUGACUUUUGAACAUAGGCGAUCUGUGUCCCCUGAGGGCCAUGACCAGAAAUCUGUCAUAGAUGAGGAAAUGGAAGAUCGAGAGGCCUCUUUGACAUCUGAACAUAGGCGCUCCACAUCCCCUGAUGAGCAUGAGUCAAGGUCUAGCGGUGGUGAAGAAGCAGAGUAUUUGGAACAACCAUUGACAACGGAACGCAGAUCCUCCGUUUCUUCUGAUGAGCAUGAGUCAAGGUCUACCGCUGGGGAAGAAGGAGAGGAUGUGGAACCCUCCUUGACAGGUGAACGAAGAGAUUCCACAUCUUCUGAUGAGCGUGAGUCGAGGUCCACCACAGGUGAAGAAGGAGAAGAUCAGGAGACUUCCUUGACAGCUGAACGUAGAGACUCCGUGUCCUCAGAUGAGCAUGAGUCACGGUCUACCGCUGGUGAAGAAAUAGAGGAUUUGGAGCCCUCUUCGGGAGGUGACCAUAGACGUUCCGUGUCUCCUGAUGGACGUGAGUCAAGAUCAACCACUGGUGAAGAAGCAGAGGACCGGGAGCCAUCCUUGACAGCUGAGCGUAGACACUCCACAUCCUCAGAUGAACAUGAAUCAAGAUCUACCACUGGUGAAGAUGUAGAGGAUGUGGAACCUUCCUUGACAGCUGAACGAAGAGACUCCACGUCCUCCGAUGAGCAUGAUUCAAGGUCUACCACUGGUGAAGAAGUAGAGGAUAUGGAGCCUUCUUUGACAACUGAACAUAGACGUUCCACAUCCCCUGAUGGACGUGAAUCAAGGUCUACCACUGGUGAAGAAGCAGAUGAUGCAGAGCCUUCAUUGACAGCUGAACGAAGAGACUCCACGUCAUCAGAUGACCAAGAGUCUACCACUGGUGAAGAAGUUGAGGAUAUGGAGUCCUCUUUGGCAGUUGAAGACAAACAUCAGGAAUCAUGUUCUAUGCCUCUUGAGAAGUCAGAGGGACAGGACUCUUCCUUUCUGUCUGAAAGUAGGCGUUCUGAGUCUUCUGAACGUGAGAAAUCUAGGUCUGAAUCUGUUGAAAAAAUAUCUGACAAAGAGUCUUCACGAAGAUCUAGAAGCAGACGCUCUCCUACUCGCCAAAUGAGUCGAUCUGUAUCUGUUGAAAAAGCAGCAGACAAAGAGUCUUCACGGAGGUCUAGACAUAGACGCUCCAGGUCUGCUGCUCGCCAGAAAAGUAGAUCCACUUCUGUUGAAAAAGCAGCAGACAAAGAAUCCUCACGGCGAUCUAGACGGAGACGCUCCAGGUCCACUGCUCGCCAAAUGAGUCGGUCAAUAUCUGUUGAAAAAACAGCAGACAAAGAGUCUUCACGGAGAUCUAGACGUAGACGCUCCAGGUCCACUGCUCGGCAAAGAAGUCUGUCCAAAUCCGUUGAAAAAGCAGCUGACAAAGAGUCUUCACGGAGAUCCAGAAGCAGACGCUCCAGGUCUUCCCAGCGCAGAUCCCAGAGAUAUGAUACAGAAUCUCGCUCUAGACGGAAUCGCUCCAGAUCUGUAACACGGAGAAGAACAUCAAGAUCAAAAUCUAAUCGUCGCUCUAGAUCUAGCUCAUUGUCACGUUCAAGGCACAGAAGGAGGAGUAGGUCAAGGUCGGCAUCAAGAAGGCGGCGUUCUUUAUCUAGAGACAGACGCAAAAGAUCUCAGAGAAAUAGAUCAAGAUCUGCUGAUAGAAGAAGAAGAAGAUCAGAUUCAAGAGAUCGUAGGAUAUCCCUCAGACUACGGAGCAGGAGUCGAACACCUAUUCGUCAAAGGCGAUCGAGGUCAAGAGGAAGAAGACGGAGUUCUAGUAGGUCACCAAUUCGACUGCGGCGAUCAAGGUCUUCAGGGAGAAGAAGGGGUUACAGCAGAUCACCUGAUCGUCGUAGGUCCAGAUCAUCAGAAAGAUUUUCAAGCAGGUCACCUAAGCGUCUUACGGACUUGGACAAGGCCCAGCUACUCGAAAUAGCCAAAGCUAAUGCAGCUGCCAUGUGUGCAAAGUCUGGUGUUCCUUUACCACCAAGCCUGAUGCCUAUGUUAUCUCAAAAGAAGGACGACAAAGCUAGUCAGAAGUCGUCAAGAGAUACACUAAAGGAGCUCACUGAGAAAUGCAAGAAGAUUGCUCAAAGCACAGAUGAUGUGAUAGUGAAUAAGCCUCAUGUUUCUGAUGAAGAGGAGGAAGAACGUCCUUUCUAUAAUCACCCCUUUAAGCUCAAUGAACCCAAACCUAUUUUUUUCAAUUUAAGUACUCCCAGCAUAAAACCAGCACCACCACCACAACCAAAAAAUCAGGUCAGCCUGUCAAAGGAAUUUCCUGUUUCAUCUGGGUCUCAGCAUAGGAAAAAAGAAGCAGAUAGUGUCUAUGGAGAAUGGGUUCCAGUUGAAAAAGGCAAAGAAGAUAGCAAGGAUGAUGUUUUCCCCAAACCAUCCAUUGAGGGUGUGGACAUAACUACAGCCAUGAAUGAUCGAGCACUGGCUCAGAAAAGGCUUAAUGAAAACACGUUUGAUUUAGAGGCCAUGUGCAUGCUAAAUCGUGCACAGGAACAGAUUGAUGCCUGGGCUCAAUCAAACUCCAUACCUGGCCAGUUCACGGGAAGUACAGGAGCACAGAUACUGUCUUCGGAUGAGCUAACCAACAGUGGUCCCCAAGCAUGGAUUAGAAAGGAUCAGUUCUUAAGAGCAGCCCCUGUAACUGGAGGAAUGGGAGCUCAACUGAUGAGAAAAAUGGGCUGGAGAGAAGGAGAAGGGCUUGGAAAAAACAAAGAAGGCAGUGUCGAACCUAUUAUGGUUGAUUUUAAGACCGAUCGAAAAGGGCUUGUUGCUGUGGGAGAGAAGGCACAAAAGAGAUCUGGACAUUACAUUGUGAUGAAGGAUCUUUCAGGUAAACAUCCAGUUUCUGCGUUGAUGGAGAUCUGUAACAAAAGAAGAUGGUCACCACCAGAAUUUGUGUUGGUGGAUGAUAGUGGGCCUGAUCAUCGCAAACACUUCAUCUUUAAGGUGAGAGUCAAUGGAAAUGAAUAUAGGCCUACUUUUGCCAGCCUUAAUAAGAAGCAUGCUAAAGCCACAGCAGCAACUGCGGCUCUCCAAGCGAUGGGACUUGUACCAAAGGAAAGCAUGGUUAAUACCACCAUGUUUAGGAGUGCCUCACACCGCUAGAUAUUGUUUUUUAUAUUGACAUUAUUUCAGAUAAUUUUACUCUGCACAAAAAUGGUAUUUGCCCUGUCAUGUUGUAAAUACAUUGGCAAUUCCCACGUUGUAAAAACUGUACAGACACCUUCAGGUUUUUCUUUUGUACCAUCAAAAUGUAUUUAAAUCAUACUUAGUUUUUGGUAUGUUUAUAUUGUUUACAUUAGUGAUGUAAUUAUUUCUUAAAUGACUAAAUCAGACGACAGACUCUGGAGGCAUCAGUAAUCUAAACCCUUGUUUUAAAACUCAUGCAAUUUCUCUUCAAUACGGAAUGUUAACACUUUCAUACUGUUUUGUACUAUGCUGCAGUUUUCCCUGGUCUCGGUAAAGCUACUCUUGCACUUUUGCCUACAGCUGGUAAAAGGCCACGCAGCUUACCUUAGUCUAGUCAAGGCUGGCGUGUACUGCUGGACAGAUACUGGGCCAGUACUGUUACCCCUGUGAGAAAGCAAGCAGUGGUAGCCCUGUUGUACAGUGUUAAUUAACACUGCGGCUUCUCUUGGAGUUCCGCUUGGGGGUUUAACUCAGUGGUGCACUGCAACUGGCCAUGCAGCCCAUGCUCUAGGACACAAGCGAUUAGGCAAAAGACUUGCUUAAAAAGGGAUGGCAGAAAGUCCAGCAAUGGAACCGAUGAGACUUUGCGAUUUAGAAGUGACUCUCCCUGCAUGUUCUGAGAAGGGAGAUAACGGAGUUGUCUAUUCCAAACAAAUUAACACACUGCCUGAUGUUGAUUGUAUGGAUUUGUGGUUAAUGUGAAUUUUAAAGUCUAACAAAUCUACAACUGGAUUGGGGGGAGGGAGGGGAUAGAAUGAUGCUUAAAUUGUUGUACCCAACUUGGUCAAUAAAGCAGCACAAGUUCAUAAUCUUAAUCACUGGUCAGUAAACAGUAAUUAAAAUCUAUGCCAAAAGAACUUUGUGAAGAAACGCACAGUAUAAAAUGACCCUUGAUGAGGAGUAGCGACAGCUGUUAGGGUUGCGGAAUCUGUUUAGUCAUUUUCAGUUGCUUUAGACUCUUACCAAAUUAAGUCCUUGGGCUGACAUUUUCCGUAAUGGUACUCUGCCCUCAAGGAGACGACCUGAUCCAGAGUUUUGGCAGUUCAAUAAGGGAAAGGAUGUAGAAGGCUUUUCCUUUUAUUUUCCCCCCUCUUAAUUUAAGAAGUAUUAGUUCUUUAGCUAUGUGCACUUUGAAUUGGAAAGGGCAUUGUACACGUUUUGCCAGACUUGUCUGUGUUACGAGCAGACUGCCAGGACUUGUGUAUGGAUUGUAGUGGUUCAGGUGCUUAUUUCCGAAAGGUCGUUGAGGUCUUUGUGUAUUACAUCUACUGACCAGAGCUUCACCGGGGACAGGAGCAAAAUACAUUUGUACGCAGUAGGACUGUGCUCAGGCCUAAAGUGAAUGACCUUGGCAAUGGCAGUAGGAUCUUGGAGGUGAAGAAUUACUAUAGUAGCUCUUCUUCCACAAAGUAAGUUAUUUGUGUGUAUUCUCUCAACUGUUACUGAAUGAGGUCUCUUUCUUUGCCCUAAAUGAACAAGUACCAAUGUCUCAUUUUGCAUACAAUAGAGAAAAGGUACUGGGUUCUCUACCACACACCCAAGGAAUAAAACUCCUUAUUAGUCUAUCAAAGCACUCUAGAAAUGCCUAAGUUUUUUGUGGACGUAGUUGUCUCUAAUUAAAGUUUUUCCCUUCGGCUUCUCACCUUCAGUCUCUGUGUAAAAUUGUUUCAAGAUCUCCUUGCCUCAUUUGCUUGAACUAGUGUAAGGUGUGUAUUUAAAAUAAGAAAAAAAAAAAAAAAAAAGCUAAAAGGGAUGGUACAGCAAUGGGAAGGCCUACUCUGGGAGAGCUGGGCGUUGCAGCCAUCUUAGCUGAAAUCUGGCUCUUUGAUGUCUGACUCAAAGCAAUUAACUCAGGAUGUGGGAGGCAGCUCCU